AGUGAGGUGAAGCUCACCCGUUAAUCGUUGGGAAAGGCACAGAGGACUUUUCUUUCGGUCUUCUGCAAAUCCACCCAACAGGCACCAGCUUCUUCUUCUUCUUCUUCGUCUUCGCCGUGAAACCCACCCAUGGCUCAGACCUUGGCUCACCUACUAGCCUCUGCGCUUCUCAUCUUUUCUUCCUCCUUAAUCGCUCUCUCCUCUGCCCUCGACGACUCCGAUCCUGCCCUCCGGCCGCCGAUGAUGAUUCUUCCUCUUUAUCUCUCAUCCCCUAACCCUAAUAUUUCCCGUCAUAGUGAACUUCGUCGCCAUCUCCAGAAUUCGCCCCCCCCAAACGCUCGCAUGAGACUCUACGACGAUCUCCUCUCCCAAGGUUACUAUACGACGCGGCUAUGGAUCGGGACACCCCCGCAGAAAUUCGCGCUUAUUGUAGAUACGGGUAGUACUGUGACCUACGUUCCCUGCUCUAACUGUGGACACUGUGGGAAGCAUCAGGACCCAAGGUUCCGGCCAGAAUUGUCUAGCACAUAUCAACCAAUGAAGUGCAGUAUUAGUUGCAACUGUGAUGAGGCUGGAGCUCAAUGCACUUAUGAGAGACGGUAUGCUGAGAUGAGCUCUAGCAGUGGCGUGCUUGGUGAGGACAUAAUUUCCUUUGGCAAUGAAAGCAAGCUUAUUCCCCAGCGUGCUGUUUUUGGUUGUGAAGACAUGGAAACUGGUGAUCUUUACACUCAACAUGCUGAUGGCAUAAUUGGUUUGGGUCGAGGUCGGCUUAGUGUGAUGGAUCAACUUGUUGACAAGGGUGCUAUUAGUGACUCAUUUUCGUUAUGUUAUGGUGGGAUGGAUGUAGGCGGGGGUGCUAUGGUUCUUGGGGGUAUUUUGUCUCCCCCUGAUAUGGUAUAUACCAAUUCAGAUCCUUUUCGCAGUCCCUAUUAUAAUAUUGAGUUGAAGGAAAUACAUGUUGCUGGUAAGCCAUUGAAGUUAAAGCCAAGUAUCUUUGACGGAAGGCACGGAACAGUCUUAGAUAGUGGAACUACAUAUGCUUACCUUCCAAAAGAAGCUUUUCUUGCAUUCAAGAAUGCUGUGAUCAAUAAAAUUCGUUUACUCAAGAAAAUCCAUGGUCCAGACCCAAAUUUUCAUGAUAUUUGUUUUUCUGGUGCUGGAAGGAAUGUUUCCCAACUAUCAGCAGUUUUUCCUCAGGUUGAUAUGGUAUUCAGUAAUGGACAAAAAUUGUCACUGUCUCCAGAGAACUACUUGUUCCGGCAUACGAAGGUUAGUGGUGCAUAUUGCCUGGGAAUUUUUCAAAAUGCAGAUGAUCCAACCACUCUUUUAGGAGGGAUUAUCGUUCGUAAUACCCUUGUGACUUAUGAUCGGGAGAAGGAUAAGAUAGGCUUCUGGAAAACUAAUUGUUCUGAACUGUGGAAGGGCUUGCAUUACCCUAGUCCUGCUGCUCCGCCUCCUACGGAUUUACGUAGCCAAAAUAAAAGUGUAGGAAUUCCUCCUAACAUAGCUCCAGGUGGAUUGCCUCCUACAAUGGCCCCAGUUGGAUUGCCUCAUGCUGAUUUUCCAGGUGAAUUUCAGAUUGGAUUAAUAACAUUUGACAUUAUCAUCAACUCUUCUAUGAAGCCCAAUUUCACCGAGCUUACAGAGUUUAUUGCUCAUGCACUGGAUGUUAAAGUUUCUCAGGUUCAUUUAUUGAACUUCAGUUAUACUGCAAAUGCUUCCCUUAUCAAAUGGGCAAUCUUCCCAGAUGAAUCUGCUGAUUACAUUUCUAAUACCACGGCAACGAGCAUAAUUAAUCGUUUAAGAGAUCAUCUGCAGCUUCCUGAGAAAUUUGGAAGUUAUCAGUUAGUUGAGUUGAAUGUCAAGCCUCCAGUGAAGUUAACAUGGUGGAAACAAAAUUAUUGGAUAGUGGCUGUUGGAGUUUUGGCUACCUUGGUUCUUGGACUAUCAAUUUCUGGGGCAUGGUUGAUUUGGAGAUCUAGACAAGAGAAUGUAUCAUAUGAACCUGUUGGUGCUGUUGUUCCAGAGCAAGAGCUUCAACCACUUGAGACUUCACCAGGGCCUGACGAUUUGUAGCGUUAAGUUUUCUUAAAUUUUAGUUGAUUUAUGAGGAAAUUGUGUUGUAUGUGACUUCAAAUCUGAAUAAUCACCCUUCAGCCAAAUGAUUUUGAGAGGAUGAAAUCCGUAAUCCUUCCAUUGAUGUACGAUCAAAAAGAAAAACGAAAAAGCAGAAAGAAAAUGUAGAAAGUGUAUGGAAUACCCGUAGUUUUAGAUAUCAAUGUACGUAGAAAGAUACAUUUUCAUCGGCUAAAACAUUGCAACAUAUGGUAACCAUUGAGCCUUCCUAUGCA